AUGUAUGAUGACGAUGAAGAAGAGUUAGAGCUGCUGAGGCAGUACGAGGACAAGGAUCUAGCUGAAGACGAUGACAACAAGUCAAGCGAUGAUAUGGACAGUGACCUAGAGGAUAAGAUCAUGAGCAUGGUGCAAUAUGGUUCUGGCAUUUCGAAAAAGAAGGCACCAGCUCCAGUACUGCCAUCUACAAAGACACAAGACGUCAGUCCUUCUGAGCAGAACAAUGUACAACCAAAAGUUGUUUAUGCACCUGUAGAUAGCGAUAUUGAGGAUCCACAAAAGACAGCUGUUUCAUCAGCCAACAUAUAUCAAAUCGAUGAGAGCGAUUCUGAGGACGACGCACCUUCUAAGGCUGUCUAUAGCGAUGAGGAUGAAGAUGAGGACGAGGAAAGGGAAGAGGAGGAAGAUAUUGGAGUUCCCGAACUCACUGCUGAUAUUCCAGCCAAGAAAACAAUCGAUCAGCCUCAAGUAACCCGGUUUAUUAAUUUGGAUGAGGAAGAGAAGCGUUAUAUGGAUGAUGAAGACACAUCAGAGGAAGAGGCAGAACUAGAGUCUAAGCUGCAGCAACUGAUUGAUGAUCAGAUUUACAAUCGUCAAAGCAAGAGGCGUUUUCAGGAGAGACCUGUGCGAGUGUGCUUCAACUGUCAUACACCUGGACACGAACGCAUUGACUGUAAAAUUUGCAUGGAUUGUGGUAUGCUCAAGCAUAAGGACUCUCGUUGUGUAGGUGCUCGUUACUGCUCCAAAUGUAAAUUCCGUGGUCAUAACGCUAUCGACUGUACCAAUGCGCGAACAUACGAGAGCUGCAGACAUUGUGGUGCAACCUAUCAUCAUUCAGACAUGUGUCCUAGUUUGCUGCAUACGUAUGUAGGUGAGGUGCCUGCCAAAUCCACACCAGUCGCUUGGUGUUACAAUUGUACUGAGAGGGGCCAUUACGGUGAUGAGUGUCCAGAUUUACCACAAUACAAGACCACACUGCCUUCUGCAUUCUCCAAUUUAAGUCUUGGUUUAGGCAGUCGAUUCGAUCCCAAAAAGGCCAAGAAAUCAUCCUCAUCAUAUCACGGAUCAACGUAUACAGCCAACAAGCACCAAAGAUGGUCAGAUUCCAGUCGAGAGAGUAGUCCUCGAUAUGAUCAUCGCGAUAGUAAAAAGCGAUCCAGAUACAGUUACAAUGACAGCGACGAUGACUAUAGCAACUCGAGGUACACGAGACGAGACAAUGCGUCUUCUUCAAAGCACAGCAAUAACGGUAACAACAGCAAAAAGAGACAAAAGGUCAAUAAUCAAGGAUUAGAUGGCUUCUUUUCUCAUCAACAGCAGCAAGCAUCCUCCUCGUCAUCGAGAAACAACAACAACAGCAAGCAGAAUAAUAACGGUAGAUCUGGCAAUAGCAACUGGAAAGCCAUGAACAACAACUCUUUACCUCAACCAACUCGAUCAGGCACUGUCAAAGUCAAUUCAUAUAGCAGACAGCAACAACAACAACAACGUCAAGACUUUGGUGAUUUCCCUCGCGGCAAUAACAAUACGAAUAGUCUUCCAAGGCCAACCUCAAGUGGUGUGAUUGAUUUGACGGGUGAGAGUAACAAUAGCAAUAAGAACAGCAACAGAGGAGGCGGAGGCGGAGGCGAGUAUUCAAGCAACAGAAAACCUAAAUACCAUGGGGGAUACAGUCGUAAUCGAUAA